CUCAUUGUACAUUCGCGUUGUCCUUUCAGCUAUCACAGGAAAACAAACCGACAUACAGUACUGUGUAUGCAUAAUUAAUGUUUUUUUAAUGCAUUGUACAUAAAUAAUAUUAUUUAAGACGAAAUAUGCAUAAAAUAUGUAAUGUACUAAAAAGUAAAAAAAAAAAAAGAAUAUUGUAUCACCACUUUUUUUCAAACUAGAAAGUAAUUUGAUUACUUACUUUGUAGAAUGUAAUCAGAUUUCACCCAACACUGUAUUGCUUAUUAAAAUUAAAUUAAUAAAAUUAAAUGUCCUGCACUUCUUACUCCAACUAAAUGUAUUACAGUUUCAUCAAGAAAAAGCCAUGCUCAAGAGAUCAAACAGAUGCAAUAUUAUACAAUAUUAUUUUCGUGCAAGCAGGAGAGGCCAUCGCCUAAACAAAUCAGACAAAAAGGGAACAUGGAAUUUGUUAUUAUGCAAUAACACAGUCCAGCUGAGGUCCAGACGGCGUCUGGGCGGGGAGCGGUGUUGGUCCGUCCCAGCCAAUGAUCAACGUGUUUUUUCCUCUUCCAUUUUCUCUCUCUCUUUUUUUUUUACUCCUCCGGCAGCUCAGUCUGCCUGGACAACUUGAGUCUAGCAGAAUAACUGUGAGCGCGAGGAUAAUGAUGAUGAUGGAUGCAAUACCGUGUCGUCUCGUGCUUUUAGCCCUGUUCUUUGGAGCCCGGGUCCAACACAUAGAAGCCUUACAAUGCUACUGUCACCGAUGCUCAAACCACACCUGUGCCACAGACGGUCUGUGCUACGUGUCCAUCACCAAAUCAGUCAGCGGCACCACGCAACAGAGCUUUUGCAUCAGCGAGAUCGAGCUGAUCCCGCGCGACCGGCCCUUCGUUUGUGCACCCUCCACCAAGGAGGACACAGGGAUUUACCCCAUAUGCUGUGACACAGACUUGUGCAACAAGAACCCUGACCUCACAACAUUCCCAGUGCCAACACAGAAGCCUCCAGCGUUGGGGCCCGUGGCCUUUGCAGCCCUGAUCGCAGGUCCCGUGUGUGUGGUGUGCUUCAUGAUGGUUACCGUUUUCUACAUCUGCCAUAGCCGUUCAGUCAUCCACCACCGCGUGCCUAACGAGGAAGAUCCCUCCAUGGACCACCCCUUCAUUACAGUGGGAACCACGCUCAAAGACCUCAUCUAUGACAUGACCACAUCGGGUUCAGGCUCUGGUCUUCCUCUGCUGGUGCAGAGGACCAUAGCCAGAACCAUCAUCCUGCAGGAGAGCAUCGGCAAGGGCCGCUUUGGAGAGGUGUGGCGGGGGAAGUGGAGAGGAGAGGAGGUGGCAGUGAAGAUCUUCUCCUCCAGAGAGGAGCGGUCCUGGUUUCGGGAGGCUGAGAUCUACCAGACUGUGAUGCUCAGGCAUGAGAACAUCCUCGGCUUUAUCGCUGCUGACAACAAAGACAAUGGGACAUGGACCCAGCUGUGGUUGGUAUCAGACUACCAUGAGCAUGGCUCUCUGUUUGACUACCUGAAUCGGUACACAGUGACGGUGGAGGGCAUGAUCAAGCUGUCUUUGUCCACUGCCAGUGGCCUGGCUCACCUGCAUAUGGAGAUUGUCGGAACACAAGGCAAGCCUGCUAUCGCACACAGGGAUCUGAAAUCAAAGAAUAUUCUAGUCAAGAAGAAUGGCACAUGCUGUAUUGCUGACUUAGGCUUGGCUGUACGCCACGACUCGGCCACCGAUACCAUCGAUAUUGCACCCAAUCACAGAGUGGGCACCAAAAGGUAUAUGGCCCCAGAGGUGCUUGACGAUUCAAUAAAUAUGAAGCAUUUUGAGUCUUUCAAGAGGGCAGACAUCUAUGCCAUGGGACUAGUCUUCUGGGAAAUAGCAAGCAGAUGUUCUAUCGGAGGCAUUCAUGAAGACUACCAACUGCCGUACUACGACCUGGUGCAGUCUGACCCGUCGGUGGAGGAAAUGAGGAGAGUCGUGUGUGAACAGAAAUUACGACCCAACAUUCCAAACAGGUGGCAAAGCUGUGAGGCUCUGCGAGUGAUGGCCAAGAUCAUGCGAGAGUGCUGGUACGCAAACGGAGCCGCCCGCCUCACUGCCUUGCGCAUCAAAAAGACUUUAUCCCAGCUCAGUCAACAAGAGGGUAUUAAAAUGUAGGCCAGCAGGCAAGGGAAGUUGGCUUACCGUUUUGAAAGUCAAACUAUCAUGAUCCUUUAUUGUAUUACCCUCUGCCCUCAAGAGAGGACACAAGCACUUUGAAUGAAUUUUUGCUUUUGUUUUGCCUCUGUUUUGGUCUUACCAUUGCUUGUGAACUUUGGGUCUUUGAGGCUAAGAGAAUAUGAACUCUUGAUGUUAUAACCCAUACCCCACCUUUGGUAGGCACGUCCGUCUGGACUUUUUGAUAGGUUGGCCCUGCAGAUGAUGGAAUAUCGUUUUUGUAUGGAAGCACAGCACCAGACUCCAACAAUAGCAUGGCAGAUAUUUGCAAGCCUCCUGGGUGCUGGGUUAAACGAAAAAGCUGCCCAGCAAAGAAGGUUUUUUUUUUAUUUAUAAAUUGUGCUUGUUCAGUGACUGGGUAGAUUUUAUGUUUUUUUCUCAUGAAGGGAUGACUGUUUCUUUGGGAACUUAUUAUUUGCACCUUGUUUUCCUUUUCGCUUAUCACUGCAGUUAUUCAGGUCAGCAUAACGAAAAUGUUUUCGUUCUUUUCGUUUUCACUCAUUUUUUGCUCAAACAAAACUGGACAUGACCUCAUUCAGUCUUGGCAAACAUGCUGUGACAUAUGCAAUAUAGAUAAAUCUUAUCUACUUUAUAUUUUUACUGCUCUGCUGCAACAACUACAAAUUCAACUACGAUGACAACCAUGCCUUCCAAGCCAGGUGUUACCAGAAAGUGCCACUGCUUUGAACCAACCCUCCCUCAUGGUGUGAGCUGGCCCCUUCGGUCACCGUUGGUCCUAACGUUUUGACGUUGGAGAGAUUCUUUAAGUUUCUCAUGGGAUGUCUGUUAUGCACAAGGAGCAAAAGGGGCCGCUUCACUUGAAUUUGCUGGUGCCAUUUUUCAUUUUCUGCCUCUUCAUGAUCUUCAUUGAUGCAGCACUGAGGGAUGUAACAACAACAAUCCAGACCUCUUCUCAUUUUACAGCUUCUUUUUUGGACAUUAUGUAAUUUGUGGGGGAAUUGCUGCAUAUUGGGAAACUAAUGACUGACCCAAGUACCCUGAUGGUGCUGUGAAUGGACACCCACCUUUGUUCUAUCAUUUGAUUGGUAGAAACUGGAAAACUGACGAGGGUCUGUGGCCAGUAAACUGAGUUGCAAAAUGACUAUAUCAAGGACGAAGUAUAGCAAGGAUUAAGUAACUGUCGCUUGAUGCGAAGAAAAUGAAGAGCAGCCCAGGGAUUGGACUAUGGACAAGUUGGCUUUAAAAAUAAAAACAAUAGCAUUUCUGAAAGUUGCGCGAUGAAAACGUAUGACUAAAAUAUUUCUUACAGUCAAGCUUUUGUUCUCAGUUUGCAAAAAUGCUAAGAUACAUUCAUUAUAAAUAUAGCAAAUGAAUAUUUACUAAGCCAUAGGUUUUCCAACAUUUUGUGGCAACUUUUUCUAAUAGAAUGUAAACAAAAAGUGAAUAAUGAAUUCAAGGACUGCUUCAAAACUUUGGAGCAAGCCUUAAGGGACCAAUCGAAUAUGUUGAGGUUGUUUGUGCAUUGAUGUAAAAAAUUCUGUUUGAAUCGACUAUAAUAACACAGUAGGGUCAAUACAGUAUGUAACAGAAUACAUAAAUGUAGCAAAAGAUCAAGCAGUUUAUAUGUCUAUGGAGGUAAAUUUGCCACCCAAACAAGCUUGCUGUCUAGUGUUUCAAAGCUGUAUGCUAUUUGAUAGUGUUGUUUUCCAUAGCUGCGUUUAUGAAUGAAAACUUAAACGGCAUGCUGAACAUGGCUAAACAGGUUUCACACUUUAUUUUCUCAAGGUAUACAUUUCUGAAGAUACAGUGAUUAAGAGUGCAACUUGAGA